UAUCAUGAUAAAAAGUACAAAUGAUUGAUUAGUAGGAAGCAUCUCGCAUCGUUCUUAGUAUAUUACUCUCGCAGUUUGUAUACGUCACAAUAUUAAGUCACUUACUCGUUAGUUCCCGAUCCAAUACCAGAUCUUAAUUGGAAUUCAAUGGCAUCAAACCGAGCAGAUUUUCAUCAUAUAGGUAGUUGAGUCACCGGCGAAGCAAGCGGUCAUGCAUUACCACUAUGCUGAAGUCUGCAGGUAAUGUUACUGUCACAGUAAACAGGAGACCGCCUCACCCGGACCCCGCGGGCUCCUCACUCCCAGUCUAAUUCACGGAUGGGACAAUUAAAGACUUGGCGAAAAGAUUUUGCUAAUGUCAUGUAGAUCCGUGAAUGGAUGUCCUAGGUUCAAUAUAAUAUUUCUUUUCUCAUAGAUUUUAUAUAAUGGCUUCCAUUCCAUAAUAUUUAUCCUAAUUAUAACUUACCAUCGUAUAAGAGAAGAGUCGACAUGGGAUUUUACAGCCAGGCCCGGCAAUUCUUCUCCGGGACUCGGAAGGAUUCGGCUUGUAAACCCCCUUUCUUCCUCUCCGUCCGGUCAUCAACGACCUUCAUACUCCUCACUGUAAACUUAGCCUUCUUCACCGACAUCUUCUUUUACGGGUUGAUCGUUCCAGUUAUCCCAUUUUCGCUUACCGUCCAAGUCGGUAUCCCGGAGGAUCAGGUUCAACAUUGGACUUCUAUCCUACUAGCCUGUUAUAGCGUCGCUAUAUUCGUCGGCGCCCCCUUCGCUGGUAUAUACGCCGAUCACUCGUCAUCACGACGAUGGCCUUUACUCAUCGGUCUUAUCGCGCUGGCCGCGUCGACUCUGCUGUUAUGUUUCGGUAACUCAAUCGGCUUGUUAGUACUAGGAAGAAUCCUCCAGGGAAUAACCGCGGCCGUUGUAUGGAGCGCGGGUUGUGCACUUCUUGUUGAUACUAUGCAAGGUGCCGCUGGAGUUGCCAUGGGAUAUGUCGGUAUAUCUAUGAGUGUGGGAUUACUCGUUGCGCCCGUUAUAGGCGGGGCAGUUUAUAGUGCCGCAGGAUAUUUUGCCGUUUAUUAUAUCGCCUUUGGCGUCGUUCUAGUGGACAUCUUACUACGGCUUUUAAUGGUCGAGAAAAAGGUUGCGAGGCAGUGGAUCGAUGAAGACGAAAGCUCCGAUUCGUCGAGGACAGGCGCGAACCAACCCGACGUGGAAGCAGCCAUUCCGCCCACCACCCCUGAUCGCGCGAAUCCUCAGAAUGGUAGCGAACCUAUCGAGACCCAUGUUUCUACCUCGGAACCUGUGUCAAUAUGCCAAAGCCAACCCCAACAAAAUGAACCUAGAGAAAAGCAAGCCGAAGCGGAAGACGCAGCUAACCAGAAUGCGACUACACCGAUUGAACCCGCUGGUAUGAAACGUCAAGCUAUGGUUCUUUUGAAGUCGCCGAGACUACUUGGCGCAUUAUUCGGUCUCCUCGUUCAAGCUAGUAUCAUGCUGGGAUUUGAUGCUACACUGGCUUUGUUCGUCCAGAGUACAUUUGACUGGAAUUCUACAGCCGCGGGUAUUCUGUUCCUUGCAUUAUUUCUACCGGGCUUCCUUUCCCCUUUAAUAGGCUGGACAUCAGAUCGAUACGGUGCCAAGUGGCCAGCUCUCUUCGGGUUCUGCCUCUCGGUACCUCUGCUUGUAUGCCUCCGCUUCGUUACCGAGAAUACCAUUCAGCAUAAGAUAUUGCUGGGUUUCCUACUUGCUCUUCUGGGCACCUCUUUAGCAUUCGCUAAUGUUCCUCUCAUGGCUGAGAUCACAUACGUAAUUGAGGCGAAGAUGGCCGAACAACCUGGUGUUUUCGGAAAGAAUGGCGCGUACGGCCUAGGCUAUGGGCUAUUCAACGUGGCUUGGGCUCUUGGAGGAGUUAUCGGACCGUUAUGGACUGGAUACGUGGUUAAUUCAGCUGGAUGGGGUACUAUGACAUGGAGUAUUGCUAUAUGGGCAGCUAUCGGUGCGGUAGUCAUCUUCAUUUGGAUUGGCGAGAAAGGUAAAAAAUCGUCGGAAACAGAUCCGAGUCAGAACGAAGGGGUUGUGAAUCAAUAAUAUCCCAGAUGACAGACGCGGAUGCUACACAUUCCACUCUUAUUUAGAAAUUAAAGACCCAACUCAACCAACAU